AUGCUGGAAGACAACGACGAGGCCGCGACCAAGAAGCCCACGAGCGAUUCUCAACCCGCGCCAGUAUCAGACAAUCCUCUAGAUGCGCCGGAUGCGCCUGCACCGGAGAAUGCGGAGGACGGUGGUGAUGAUGAGGAGAUGGCAGACACGAAGGAUGACACACCUGCUGGUGAGGCUGCACCCGCAGUCACGAAAGCAGCCGCAGAACAAUCCGCGCGUUCGCAUCUGAUCGAUCAGAACCAUGCCAUUAUCCUCCCAUCAUACAGCGCGUGGUUUGAUAUGCACGAGAUCCAUAACUUGGAGCGCAAAGCAUUGCCAGAGUUCUUCAACAACCGCAACCGUAGCAAGACUCCGGCUGUGUACAAGGACUACCGCGAUUUCAUGGUCAACACAUACCGACUUAACCCGGCGGAAUACCUCACAGUGACCGCGUGUCGGCGGAAUUUGGCUGGAGAUGUGUGCGCGAUCAUGCGCGUUCACGCUUUUCUUGAGCAAUGGGGCUUGAUCAAUUACCAGAUCGAUCCCGACACACGACCUUCGAACAUCGGCCCACCUUUCACAGGGCACUUCCGCAUCACGGCCGACACUCCCCGAGGCCUUCAGCCACAUCAGCCAGCGCCUGGUAGCACCAUUACCGCCGGCAAACCCCACCCAGGCACAGAACGAUUGGCGGCAGCUGGCAAGGCCGAUCUGAACUUGGAGGUGCGGAGGAAUAUCUACGACGACAAGGGCAAGGACGUCACUCCUGCGAAGACCGAGGGAGAUGCGAACGGUGAAGCAGCGAAGAGUCUGGAGGAGGGUUUGAAGCAAGACGGAAAACAAUACUUCUGCUACUCAUGCGGCAAGGACUGCACACGUGUGCGAUACCACAACUCCAAGAAUCCGACUGCCAGUGCGGCCACACCGAAGCCCAGCAAGGACCAGAGAUACGACCUGUGCAGUCUGUGCUACCAGGAAGGCAGGUUUCCCAGCUCAACAACAUCCGCAGACUACACAAAGCUGGAGAAUGAGCGUUAUCGAAGUCUGGGUGACAAGGAAUCUCCUUGGUCGGACUCCGAGCUCUUGCUGCUUUUGGAGGGUCUAGAGAUGUUUGACGACAAUUGGGAAUCUGUCGCUGAUCACGUCGGAUCAAGAACAAGAGAAGAGUGCGUACUGAAGUUCCUUCAGCUGGAGAUCGAAGACAAGUACCUCGAGGAUGCUCCAGCGAAUGGCACUGCGGAAGGGAUUGGCGCACAAGAUCUCGCCUACCUCUCCGGCGGCCGUCUCCCAUUCAGCCAAUUCGACAACCCCGUCAUGUCCGUCAUGGGCUUCCUCGCCGGUCUCGCGGAUCCAGCAACGACCGCCAAAGCCGCCGGCCGCAGUGUCGAAGAAAUGCGCCGCACCCUCAAAUCCCGCAUCGAAAACGAAGCCACGCCCGGUGCCGAGAAGGACAAGGAUGCAUCUUCUUCCUCCGUCAAACCCGAAGACCGCGGCGAGAGCAUGGACGUCGACGACACCACUUCUCUCGCCACGCGCGAACCUCCUUCUUCUUCCAACGACCUCCCCACCACCGCGCUUUCCCUCACCGCAGCUCGCGCCGCGGCUCUCGCUUCCCAGACCGAACGUCAACUCACCGCCCAAGUCUCUGCGGCUGUGAACCUGCAACUGCAGAAGUUGGAACUCAAACUCCAGCAAUUCAGCGAGAUGGAAGCUUUGCUACAAGCGGAGCGGAGGGAGGUCGAGCGCAUGCGCCAGCGGUUGUUUCUGGAUCGACUGCAGUUCAGGAAGAGGGUGAGGGAGACGGAGAGUAAGUUGGCGGGUAUGAAGAUUAGUCCCGCUGUGGGAGAGAAGUUGACGAUGGAUGGGCAAGAGGGACAAGGGGAGGGCGUGGAGCCGUUUCAGGAGGGGAUGGAGGGGUUUAUGAAGCAUGAGAUUUAG